AUGGGUACUGGUUGGCGACGAGCAUUUUGCACUACCGCCCCUAGAAACAGCGACGCAACGGCACCGGAUCUCGACAAGCAACGCACCAGCUACACGCUCAGCCCCAGUCCUAGCCCAAGAAGCUGCGUCAAGUUAGCUUUUCUCUACGGAGGAGGUAAUCCGUCAACUCCCCGACCAAGUUCUAGUCCUAGUCUGCGUUGUUGGACGACAGAUGCCAAAAUUCCCAUGGCGGAGCAAAUCCCGACACCAAGAUCGACGUCAAAGAGCCCAAGACUCUCUUUUAAGGUCAGCUCGAGUCCUUCCUCUCCUCGGUCUCCGUUAAAGCUUUCUCUGUUCCGAAACAGCUUCAAAUUCCGAAGUACUUGCGGGAUAUGUUUGAACAGCGUAAAAACAGGGCAAGGGACGGCAAAAUAUACGGCGGAGUGUUCACAUGCGUUUCAUUUCCCUUGUAUCGCUGAUUACGUCCAUAAAUACGGCAAGCUCGUUUGCCCUGUUUGUAAUUCCCUCUGGAAAGACGCUUCUCUCCUUGCUCCUCAUCGUAAUGCAAUUGAAUUUCCCAUGGAAGACGCCGUUUCCGUCGAGGAGAAACGCGUCGUCGUCAUCCAAUCUCCUCCUAGAGAGAAACCGAGGCCAAAGCAGCCACACUAUUCAAGAUUCUACGACGACGACGAACCUUUGCUUUCGCCUCGAUUUGUCACCAUACCUGAGGCCGGUGAGAAUUGCGGAGGGGAAGAUGACAAUGACGUGGCUCAGUUCAAGGGAUUCGUGGUUGAUCCAAACCCGUCUUUUGCCGUCAAAUCUCACGAGAUUCCAGCCAAAGGUCAAGAUUUUGGAAACGUACAGGUGAACUUGUUACAUGAAUCUGCUGUUGUCUCCGUUGGGUGUGGUUACGAGACACGUGCAGUGGCUCUGCGGGUGAAAGCGCCACAGCCUCUAGCUUCGAGAGGCGGAGUAGGGGGUAAAAUUUUAGAUCUGUCUCAACGUGCGCCAGUGGAUCUGGUGGUUGUAGUUGACGUUGGUGGAAUCAUGAACGGUGGAAAACUCGAGAUGGUCAGACGAGCCAUGAGGCUUGUGAUUUCCUCGCUUAGCUCGGCUGAUCGACUCUCAAUCGUCAUUGCUGCGGCGCCUACUCCGAAGAGACUCCUACCGCUAAAGAGAAUGACGGAGCAUGGCAAACGCUCUGCUGGAGUCGUGGUCGAUGGGCUUCUUUGUGGUCAAGGCUCUAACACAAGCGACGGUUUGAAAAAAGGAGCAAAAGUGCUUGAGGAUCGCAGGGAGAAAAACCCAAUCGCUGGUAUCAUACUCCUAUCGGACGGUCAGAGACAAUUGACUGGAGUCCACACAAAUCAACGGUCCACAAUAACGCAGCUGGGGUCAACACGCUUUGCUCACAUUGAGAUUCCUGUUACUGAAUAUGGCUUUGGAGAGCGCGGUGGGUGCAGCCAUGCCCCUGCCGAAGAGUCUUUCGCGAAAUGCAUAGGAGGAUUGCUUAGUGUGGUGGUUCAAGAUCUUAGAAUCCAAAUUCGAGUUGGAUCCGGAUCUGGUCCUUGUGCAAUCUCAGCCGUUUAUUUAUGAAAUGGACGACCCACGUUGGUGAGCUCUGGUUCCGGAUCAGUCCGGCUCGGGGACCUUUACGCCAGUGAGGAGAGAGAGCUAUUAGUGGAACUUAGGAUCCCAUUAAUGGCCACAAUCGCCAACCAAGUUCUAUCAGUUAGAGGUCUCUAUAAGGAUCCAUUGACUCAAGAAGUUGUAUACGGACGAGACCAAUCACUCUGUGUUCCUCAAGCCGUAAGAUCAUCUUCUCCUAGCAUCGAACGGUUGAGGAGUCUCUUCAUAACGACACGGGCUGUUGCGGAGUCUCGGAGGCUGAUUGACUACGGAGAAUAUACAAACGCACACCACUUGUUGACUUCAACGCGUACCUUGCUAGAGAAAUCGAGAACGGACGAGGCGGCGGAGUACACCAAGGCCGUGGAGGCGGAGCUUGUUGAAGUUCAGUGGAGGAGGCAUCAGUUGAUGGAGUAUCAGAGUCAGCACCAACAUCAUCAUAUUCAACCGCGAAGCGGGAGCGAGAGAGACACAACGACGAUGUUGAUGGACGAAAACGGUGAGCCGUUGACUCCUGCGUCAGCGUGGAGAGCGGCUGAGAAGCUGGCUAAGAUGGCUAUGAUGAAGAAAAGCGACUUGCAUGGUUUCGUAAAUGCUAGAUUUUAAUUUUUUUUUUUCAAAUUUAAAGAAAUAUAUCUAUACGAUUAAAAGAGGAAUCUAUUUUUAAAUUAAUUUUUAGUUACUGUGUUAUUUACAAUAUAUGUCAUUAAAUUUCUAUAGAUUCAUUAAAGAUAAUUUAGUCUUAUCAUUAAAUUGUUAACAAAUAUAUUAAAUUAAAUUAAAUUAUAUUAAUU